AUGUCGGUGAGUGGAGAUAGUGUUAUAAUCAACAUAGAAGGCUUGGCCUAUUCAAUUGAAGAAAUGAUGUUCCAUGAUUCGCUUGUGCCACCAAAGAGUUGCAUCUUCAAGAUCCCCAAUAUACUCUAUAGGCAAAAUGAAAAAGCAUUUAUCCCUGAUGCGUUUUCCUUCGGCCCUCUUCACCAUGAUGGCAAUCCAAACUUGAAAGCCAUUGAAAAAAUUAAACUACAAUACUUGCAAUGUCUUAUUUCUCGAUUACACACUUUGGAAACAAGUGAGAAAAGGGUGAUAGAUUUGGUAAAAUCCAUCGAGGAAGUAGAGAAAGUGGCUCGUCAAUAUUAUGCCGAAUCAAUUGAAUACACUCCAGAAGAAUUUGUCAAAAUCUUGUUAAUUGACGGUUGCUUCAUUAUUGAGCUUUUUCGCAAGCUUGCUUAUGAUGAGCUUAGAGAAAAAGAAGACCCCAUUUUUACCAUGUCUUACAUGCUUCAAUUUCUAUACAACGACUUGAUAUUACUAGAAAACCAAGUUCCUUGGAUUGUACUCGAGUGCUUGUUCAACAUGACCAAGCAGCAAAUCCAUACCGAGUCUUUACUUGAACUUGCCAUUCAAUUUUUUGGGACAACUUUCUCAGCCACAUCACCUACCAAAAUCUUGCCUCUCAAAGACAUCCAGCACAUUGGUACAUCUGAAAGCAUAUUGGACAUAAAAUUCAAUGAUGGGGUCCUCAAAAUUCCUCCAUUACUAAUCCAAGAGACAACAGAAAUAGCUUUUCGAAAUCUGAUCGCUUUUGAGCAAUGCUACACCGAUUGUGAAGCGUGGUUGACUUCCUAUGCCAUACUCAUAGACAACCUCAUCAACACUACCAAGGACGUGGACAUACUUUGCAAGAGUGAGAUUAUUCAUAGCUGGUCAAAUCGAAAGGAAGCGGUUCAGUUCUUCAAUAAGCUCUACCACAAUACUUAUGUCAAAACUUUCUAUUACGGACGCCUUUGCAACAAUGUGAAUGGAUACUGCAACCGCAGGUGCCCUAGAUGGCGUGCUGUGCUUGUGCGCAAUUAUUUCAACACUCCUUGGGCUUUUCUUUCGACAUUGGCCGCUAUCAUCCUAUUGAUCCUCUCUUUCUCACAAACUUUGUAUACCAUGAAGAAAAGUUAG